CCAGACGAACAUCUGUCCCUGAGAUGCAUAUUCUCAUUUGUUCAGACAGUAAAGUGAAAGGGGCCAGGCAUGGGAAUGAAGGACAUGAAGGGUAUCCAUCUCUUCAAGGUCCUUUUCUCACUGCCUCCGCUUUUCCUUCCUUGCACUCUGGUUCAACCGAUUAAACAAAAUAUACCCAUCGUCUUCAUUUUAAUGUCAUGAUGAGCGCCAGUGAGAUUUCAAAUAUCAUGCCUGGAGCUCAGUACAUGGCUUCGUCGGAAAAUGCAGGCGUAGCCAAGGACUCGGAAAAGGGUGACAUGUUCCCCGAUAACUUUCCAGACAACUCCUCAGUGAUAACAUCCUCCACUACGUCGUUGGAUCUAGUCGCUUUAAAGAAACUGACUGCAAAGAUCGAUCGACGUAUCAUCCCGCUCGUUUCUAUACUCUAUCUGUGUUCAUUCCUCGAUCGCGUUAACAUCGGCAACGCUAAGGUUGCCGGGAUCGAAAAAGACUUGAACAUCACGCCUAGCCAGUAUAACUGGGCGCUCUCGAUCUUUUUUAUCGGAUAUGUCCUGUUUGAGGUCCCCUCCAACAUCUGUCUUAAACUAGUCGGUCCCAGGAUAUGGAUAUCGCUCGUCAUGCUAGCAUGGGGAGGGAUUAUGAUGGCCAUGGCUGCGGUCAAGAACGCUUCUGGAUUGUUGGUAGCUCGAUUUUUCUUGGGUGUGGCCGAGAGUGGUCUCUUCCCGGGUAUCGUCUACUUGUUCUCAAUGUGGUACACUCGAAAUGAGCAGGCACUUCGUAAUGGCAUCUUUUUUAGCACAGCGACCAUGGCAGGAGCCUUUGGAGGAGUCUUGGCUUAUGGUAUCGCUCAAAUGGAAGGCAUCCGUGGACUCCAUGGAUGGCAGUGGAUUUUUCUUCUGGAGGGUUUGCCGACAAUACUCUUGACGACCGUCGUGUUUAUAUUUCUGCCGGAUUUUCCAGAGACGGCUCGGUUCUUGACCAAAGAUGAAAAGGAACUGCUGCUGAAAAGGCUGAGGAUCGAUGCCGGACCAGCAACGCAGACGCAUUUCUCAUGGCGGCAGUGUAGGAUGGUGUUCAAGGACUGGAAGGUCUACAUGCAUAUGAUGAUCUACAUUCUUAGCACGACUCCUCUGUACGCGUUUGCGUUGUUCCUGCCCAGUAUCGUUGUUGGGUUCAACUUGGAUGCGUUGACAACACAGAUCAUGACAGUUCCAGCAUACUUGAUUGCAUGUGUCUGCACAAUCCUCUGGGCAUUCUCCUCAGACCGCUCAAAGGAACGUGGAUUACAUGUUGCUCUCCCUGGAGCGCUCUCUUGUCUCGGUUAUAUCUUACUUAUCGCGACCCGGCACAGUUCCACGACAGCUCGUUACAUUUGUUUAACCAUCACAACUGUUGGCAACUUUUGCAUAGUGGCACCCAUGGUGAGCUGGUUUACUUCCAACAUUGGCGGACAUACGAAACGCGGUGUCGCGACUGCAGCCAUUAUUUCGUUCGGGAAUAUUGGUGGCGGUAUUGGUGGACAGGUCUACAGAGCUGACGAUGCUCCUAAUGGGUACGUUCGAGGUCAUGCCAUCUGCGCGGCCUGUUCAGGUUGCCUGGUAAUUUUUGCGUUAAUCACAAAGACGCUGCUGAUCAGAGAGAACGCGCGACGUGAUCGGCUUACUGCAGAAGAGUUUGCACGCGAGGCGGAGGGCGAGGAUUUGUGUGAUAUGCACCCCGGCUGGCGUUACUGGACAUGACCGAAGAUGAAGCCGAUAACAGUCCAUAGAUAAAUAAAGGGCAACUAAUGGUGCAUGCUUAACGAGGCGCAGUGACGUUAAGUACCGAGCGAAUGAUGUGUCGUAAUAUGUCAACGUGUCCAUAAUCAGGCCCAUUGCCAAUGAGAAUGUGCUUGAGACGAUAUGUAUCUUGUAUCUCAAAAACAAUACU